AUGUCGUGUUUCAAAGAAUGGAGUACUAAAGAUCGGAUCUUGGACUUGAGGAACAAAGUCUAUUUGAGAGAGAAAUACAAGAACGCUUACUUUCAAUCAUCAGAGAAAGAUAUAGUUCAGAACUCAGAGAAACUCCAUCAACUUCGCAAAGAUGUCCUUCAGGAGCACAUUGACUAUAGGAAAGCCGGACGGGUGGUUCAGGACUUCAUCGCUCUGGAAUGUCAGGAUCGCAAGAAGCUGAAAGCAUGCUUGGCUCGAAGCUCCGUUGAGAAUACCAAGGAUCUGCUCAACCGCCAUGUGUACAGCACCGUGAACAAUUACAACAUAAGCUGCUACGAGGUCAAAAAGCGAGAGAAGACCUUGCUGGACCUCAUUCAAACACUGAAGUCGGUGAAAAAGGAGAGCCUUCCUGACGUGAUAGAAGCCAACAACUUACAGCUGAUCCGUCAGAUCGAGAAUAAAAUCGAGAAGAUGGACACGAAAGUCCAAGUUGCUGAAAGGAUACAUAAUAUGUACCAGAACAUACUGGACUGUCUGCAGGAGGAAUCCGUGCACAUCCCUCAGAGGAUCGAUGACUUUGACAGUAUCGUUGAGGCGCACAAGCGAGAGCUGGAAGCUCUGGCUCUGGUGUCCAAGAACGCUGCAGAAGCUCGGAAGAACAUGUGGAUCGAGCUGGACGUUCUGGAGAAGUCGUACGUUGUGGAAAAGAAGAAGAGGGAAACAAUACUAAUCAACAAGAGGAAAAUACUCAACCUGGAGAGAUACGCAAUGAAGCAUAUUGACGUUUCUUCCCUUCGAACCAGUACCGGUCAUUCAGGCAACAGCAGCCCUAAAUCACCAAAGUCUGCCUCUCAAGAUCAGGUUGUAAAGCCGCGGGACAAUCAUCAAGUUUACAUAUUGCAGGAAAUCAACAAGGCGAUGGAACAGCUGAACUGCUCAAAGAUAGAGGACAUUCAGAAGAGGAUCCAAGCGCAGUACAGCACCAGCGAGUACCUGAAAUGGAAGAUCAUGCAACAGAAACGCAAGCGCAAGGAGCUGAAAGUCAACUUUGAAAAGCUUCUGCUGAGACACGCCGAGCUCAAAUUUGACUCCGAUGCCAACACGACCAGUCUUCUACAGAUAAAGAAGGAAGCCAUGGACCAGGUACAGAAAAAAAAAGAUAAAUUGAAUCUGGAAAUGUCCAGGAUGUUGGUGAACAGACAGCUGCUUCUCGACAUUCAGAAUGGGAUCGACAACCUGUACUUCAUUCUGUACAGCAUCGACCUCAAUGUCGAGGCGCCGAUCAUCAUACCCCAGGAUCCCGAGGAAAAACUGCAAAUUUGCGAAAAGAAAUUGCUUCACCUGAUCGAGAUGACUGCAGAUUUCAAACGCUCCAAUUGGAUUGAAAGUGAUUACGACAAGCUAAAGGAGUACCUCGAGACUUCAUUUGGUCAACAUCCACGCAACAAAAACGUGGUCUUCGAAUCAGAAGUUACAGAAUAUCAGGAAGAAUUAGACUUCAUGAGCGCUCAGAAUGAAGGGGUGAUUACGAGAGAAGACGUUAAAAGACGUAGCGAGCGCUUAGUUCAAGACAAGACGCGAGUGGUGAGGCGAACGAAAAAGAUGGGCCGCAAGCGAUACCUUGGUAAAAAUAAAGUAAAAUGUAACUUUUAGUUUGAAAUUGGCUUUGACACGGCUAUAUAUAUGUGUGCCGUGCAAAAUGUACCAUGCCAAUAAAUAA